AGUACACGCGUACAUACUGGAGCGUUGUGGGAAUCUACUGGGAGCUUUAUACCGAAGGACAUCUGAAACUCAGUCAUCAUGCCCAACUGGGGUGGAGGAAACAAAUGUGGUGCAUGUCGUGGAACGGUGUACCAUGCAGAAGAAGUCCAAUGUGAUGGAAGGAGUUUUCACAAGUGCUGCUUUCUCUGUAUGGUCUGUAGAAAAGGAUUAGACAGUACCACAGUGGCCAACCAUGAGCAGGAAAUCUACUGCAAGUCCUGCUAUGGUAAGAAGUACGGUCCAAAAGGAUACGGGUAUGGCCAGGGGGCAGGAACGCUCAAUAUGGACCGCGGCGAGAGACUGGGCAUCAAACCAGAAGAAAUCCAAAUUCACAAACCCACCACCAACCCAAACUCGUCCAAGUUUGCACAGACAUUUGGUGGCUCGGAGAAAUGUGCACGCUGUGCAGAGUCGGUUUAUGCCGCGGAGAAAGUCAUGAGCGCAGGGAAGCCAUGGCACAAGAAUUGUUUUCGCUGCGCCAAAUGUGGGAAGAGUUUGGAGUCGACCACACAAACAGAGAAAGAGGGAGAAAUCUACUGUAAAGCAUGUUAUGCGAAGAACUUUGGACCCAAAGGAUUUGGCUAUGGUCAGGGCGCAGGGGCUCUGGUCCACUCUCAAUGAUGGUUAUUAUAUUUCGUUUACUAUUAUCAAACAGUUGCAUUAAUUCCAAAAGCUUUUUAUGGUGAAUCUUACAAAAUGAGGGCCAAAUUUCAUAUAUACAGUAUAUAAUGCCUACUUUGAGGACCAUUCAUGUUUUUUGGGCUGGUGACGCACAUCUUCACCACCAGUUCUCAUUACUGUGAUGCCAAAAAUACUCGCGUUGCUGUAACGUUAAAUUGUGCUGAUUUAAGUCACUGUAUUAGUUUACUGUAAUUCAACAAUGAUGAAGUAAAAAUAUGUCAAUGCAAAAAAAUCAAAAUGUUCCAUAUAAAUAAGCUUCAUUUUCUUUAUGCACUAAAAAGUUACAUUGCAGCUGUUACUGAAGUUGUUAUUAAAAGACAAAACCAUGAUUCAUUACACCGCAUAUGACUGUUAUUUUAAAAAAUACAUACCAGACUUUCACCUUUCAAUGUUUUAUUAAGAAAGCCAUUAGAAUUGAACCAUGCCCAAUAAGUUAACAUCUGAAGCAGAGUACGGUGACGUCCUGAUUUCCGCUGAGGCACUGGAGAUGAGCAUGUGCUUUCACAGGGUGGGAAAACAGCCAAACCUUAAAAGGCAUAAGAACAACAGAGUGAAGAUAUCCUAAAAACAGUGUCACAUGUAUUUUCAUCCUAAUAAAUGACUGUUACUGAGCCUAAUUAAGAUAUUACAGUACGGGCCACCGAUUACAUCCAUUACUGGUGAUGCGUUGCGUCCACUUCAGACAAUGUCAUCACGAUGCACCCUCUUCAAUUACAGUUUCUUAUGUCUACUUCUCUGGCAUUUGCUUUACCAUUUGUACAUCUAGUGGUACAACAAACCCAGUGAUGCAACAUACGAAAAGAAACCCUUUAGAUUUCAGUAUUAAUGAGAAUGGAACACUCAGAGAGAUAUGAUCGAUCAAUAGCGAGCGCCCACUGACCAUGAGGGACACGCAAUAACGAUACACACAUCAGGUCUGAUUCACGAAACACGUGCAGAACGAAUGUGCGUACAUAGUUCGUAAAACCGUUCUUGCAUAAAUUGUCGCUUUGAAUUGAAUGCAAUAAUUUAUGCGAGAAGGUUCAUAAAACAUUUCUUAUGUAUAUUGUUGAAUUGAAUGUGAUGAUUACGCAAGAGCAGAUUUAGGAACGUUUCUGUAAUUUAUCUUGAAAAUUGUUGCAUUGAAUUGAAUGCGAUAAUUAAUGCGAGAAGGUUAAUAAAAAAUUUAUGUAAAUUGUUGAAUUGAAUGCAAUAAUUAAUGCAAGAAGAUUCAUAAAACAUUUGUUAUGUAAAUUGUUGAAUUGAAUGCGAUCAUUAAUGCGAGAAGGUCCAUAAAACAUUUCUUAUGUAAAUUGUUGAAUUGAAUGCGAUCAUUAAUGCGAGAAGGUUCAUAAAACAUUUCUUAUGUAAAUUGUUGAAUUGAAUGCGAUCAUUAAUGCGAGAAGGUCCAUAAAACAUUUCUUAUGUAAAUUGUUGAAUUGAAUGCGAUCAUUAAUGCGAGAAGGUCCAUAAAACAUUUCUUAUGUAAAUUGUUGAAUUGAAUGCGAUCAUUAAUGCGAGAAGGUCCAUAAAACAUUUCUUAUGUAAAUUGUUCAAUUGAAUGCGAUAAUUUAUGCAACAUUCGUUAAAUCGUUCUUUCCUAUUUUGUUGCAUUGAAUUGAACGUGAAAAUUUAUGCAAAACUGUUUUACGUGACUUGUCACAUUUAAUUAAAUGUGAUAAUUUACACGAACAUUUGUAAAAACAUUCUUACCUAUUUCAAUGCGAUCAUUUACGCAAUAAUAUUCUAAUUCAUAUUUCUAAA